UCAGAUAAGAUAAAAAUGGCAGCCGCAUUGAAACUUAUGUGUGUUAUGGGAUUGAUUGUGCUCAUUAGCAUUUUGGAGAUACGGAAGGUUAAUGCAGUAGGGGAAUGUGGAAAAUCAUCUCCUGAUAAUGAGGCAAUGAAGCUAGCCCCAUGUGCCGAAGCAGCACAAGACGCGAAAGCUCCUGUUUCAGCCGCUUGCUGCGCACAGGUGAAGAACAUGGGCCAAAAUCCGAGCUGUCUCUGCGCGAUUUUGCUAUCCAACACUGCUAAAGCAUCCGGAAUUAAGCUCGAGAACGCCAUAACCAUCCCUAAACGCUGCAACUUCGCCAACCGUCCAGUCGGUUACAAAUGCGGACCUUAUACACUUCCUUGAAGUGAAAGUUUGGGGACUGGAAAACUGAU